AUGCAUCCUACUACAAGGGACAUCUGUCUCGAGGCCCACCCCUCCAUAUCAGCAUCAUACCGCUCCCCUCAACCGGAACAUGUUCGCUUUAGUCUCGAGUCAACCUCACCUAUCAUCAUCAAACAUCCAGCAGGCAAUUUCCACUCCAAAUCAGAAGAACCCAAGACCUCGGCCACCACCAACUACUCCUUGGACGGCCACAACUCUCCUUUGACCCAAGAGAACCCCCCGCAUGAAGCAGCCUCUGCAAAGUCCUUUUCAACCCUUGCAGACGACAAACGAAUCAGCCCUCCCCCAGAGCUCACAAUCACCCUUCCUGAAAAGAGGUACAAUCGCAUUAUGCGCAACAUUCGCUGGACCGUCUUGUCCGUAUAUCGUCGACUCAACAUCUUGGUCGUCACCGCCAAUGUCAUCACAAUCAUCGUCCUGGCCACUCAAGGCAAACUGUCCUCCAUGACCCCUGAUUCGACCGCCACGGCCGUCUCGGUCAAUCUGAGCGUCGCCGUUCUCAUCCGUCAGGAGCUUGUCGUCAAUACUCUGUUCUGGAUCUUUGGCAAAUGUCCCCAGUCCUUUCCUCUCCGCCUCCGCAGACUCGCCGCAAAGAUUUACCAUCUUGGUGGCAUGCACAGUGGGGCUGCAAUGAGUGCCACAAUCUGGUUCGCAAUCUUCAAUCUCUCCAUUGUCAACGCCUAUCGAUCCAAUCUCCUGACCAAGAAUCGAGAGGCAAUCCCGUCCGUCACCGCCAUCCUCGACGUCUUGCUCAUCUCAAUCGUCGUCGUGGCUCAUCCAGCUAUACGUGCACGCAUCCACAACACCUUCGAGCUGGUCCACCGCUUCGCUGGCUGGACCGCACUCGGUCUCUUCUGGGCUCUUUUCGCCCUCCUGGUCGAUGCAAAAAUGCGGGACCAUGGAAACACCCUGACGGUUCAAUCCGCCGUUGGUGCCAACCCCAUUUUCUGGACCCUACUCGUUUCCACCAUCUCCGUUGCCUCACCUUGGUUCUGGCUGAGAAAGGUUCCAGUCCAUGCCGAACAUCUUUCGGACCACGCCGUCCGUCUCCAUUUCACUUACACAAAUCUGCCCCUGUGUGCAGCUCCUCGAGUCUCGGACAGCCCGCUCCUUGAAUGGCACGCCUUUGCAGGCAUUCCAGAAGAAGAUGGCCAAGGUUUCUCCAUUCUGGUCUCCAAGGCUGGUGACUGGACCACCAAGCUGAUCAGAUCUCCACCAACCAAGCUUUGGGUCCGUGGUAUCCCGACCAUGGGUGUCCUGCACAUUGCUCCGAUUUUUAAGAAGGUGGUCCUCGUCGCCACUGGGUCUGGCAUUGGCCCUGUCCUCUCCUUGCUCACCAAGGUCAAGAUUAACUGUCGAAUCCUCUGGUCGACCCCUAAUCCCGAGGCCACAUACUCUGCAAACGUCAUAGAUAAUGUCUGUCUUGCUGAUCCAGCUGCCAUCAUCAUCAAUACCUCAGUAUCUGGACGGCCUGACCUCGUGAAUCAGGCAUAUGAGCUGUAUGUCAAUUCAGGGGCCGAAGCCAUUUUUGUCAUUUCCAAUCCGAGGGUGACCCGAACCGUGGUGUACGGCCUAGAGUCUCGAGGUGUCCCAAUCUUUGCCCCCAUUUUCGAUUCCUAA